AUGGGACACUUGUGUAGCAAAAGUGUUUCCGAUGUCAACCACGACACUGGAAUUUCCGGCGGCAGCCAUACGAGAUCUUCGCAUUCCGGUGCCUCUCCGAUCGCUUAUGGAGAUAUGACUUCGGCAGUUGGAAUUGAAGAUGUUCGUAGGGAGGUUAAGAUAUUGAAAGCAUUGUCUGGGCACAAGAAUCUGGUCCAAUUCCAUGAUGCAUUUGAAGACGCCAAUAAUAUCUACAUGGUUAUGGAAUUGUGUGAAGGAGGAGAACUGCUGGAAAGAAUAGUGUCAAGAGGAGGAAGAUAUCCUGAACAAGAAUCCAAAACUAUUCUUGUGCAGAUCCUUAAUGUUGUUGCAUUUUUUCAUCUACAAGGAGUAGUCCACCGUGACUUAAAGCCAGAGAACUUUCUUUUUGUGAAAAAAGAUGAGAACACAGGACUCAAAGUCAUUGAUUUUGGUCUAUCUGAUUUUGUCAAGCCAGGUAAGAACUUCUGGUCCUUAUGUAUGUUCUUGGCUUUGUUCUGUUCAUUGAAUAUUUGCAUAUGAUGUGAAAGAUUGGUAGGGAGAGAUUCUUUUAAGUUCCCACGUCGGUUGGUGGAACGAAACAUUUUUUACGAGGGUGUGGAAA